GCUGGUGGCGCCAUCUUACCCAGCCAUGGGAGGGUCACAGGUCAGAUCCCGAACCUCCCGUGUCUCCAGCUAGUGAAGGAGCUCCUGGGUGAUCAGGAAAGCUUCCUGCUCCAAGGGUGGCCCUUCCCCAGGGUGGCCCCUGAUUCCGCAAGGGGACAAUGGAUUCUGGAGCUCGCCCAGUUGCCAGCUGCUGUAGCAGCCCUGCAGGACUGUCACGAGAGUACAAACUAGUGAUGCUGGGCGCUGGUGGUGUGGGGAAAAGCGCCAUGACCAUGCAGUUCAUCAGCCACCGAUUCCCAGAGGAUCAUGAUCCCACCAUUGAGGAUGCUUAUAAAAUCCGGAUCCGCAUUGAUGAUGAGCCUGCCAAUCUGGACAUUUUGGAUACAGCUGGACAGGCAGAGUUUACAGCCAUGCGGGAUCAGUAUAUGAGGGCAGGAGAAGGGUUUAUCAUCUGUUACUCUAUCACUGAUCGCCGAAGUUUCCAUGAAGUUCGAGAAUUUAAACAGCUUAUUUAUCGAGUUCGACGUACUGAUGAUACACCUGUGGUUCUUGUAGGAAACAAAUCUGAUCUAAAACAGCUAAGACAGGUUACCAAGGAAGAAGGAUUGGCUCUGGCCCGAGAAUUUAGCUGUCCUUUUUUUGAAACGUCUGCUGCAUACCGCUACUACAUUGAUGAUGUUUUCCAUGCCCUUGUACGAGAGAUACGUAGGAAAGAAAAGGAGGUGGUACUGGCCAUGGAGAAAAAAUCUAAACCCAAAAGCAGUGUAUGGAAGAGGCUGAAAUCACCAUUCCGGAAGAAGAAAGAUUCAGUAACUUGAAGGGAAGAUGUGAAGUGUUUAUCUGUGAACUGCAUUGUUUAAUCCCCACAGUCCAGUAACCUGCAAUCAUGAGCAUGGUAUUUGCUCUUUCUCCUGUUAUGACUGUUGUUUUUAAAUGCAACUGAGGAGGGGAAUUAUGUCUACUAGGAAUUUCAAUGAUUGAUAUUUAAAGUAUUAUCUCUUAGAUGAUUCUGAUUUAUUAACCCAGUGGAGUACUGUCUGCUUUUAAGUUGUUACAUUAGAAUUUGAUAUAUCAUUUUUUGAGUUAUGUUGCUGAUAAUUAACUAGUGCAAAUUGUUUAUACCCAAGAGAACAUGUAUACCAUAUGUAUUUGAUUAAGUUCACAAGAAAAAUUUUGUGCUGUAUGUUCCCCAUCCUUCAACUUCUUUUCUGGGACUAGCUUAUAGGAGGACCUCAGUUUGUAUGUUUCCUCUAUACCUUCUGGAGACAGAACAAAAAUAGGGAGAUCAAUGCUAAAGUCCAGUAAAUAACUGUCAGAAUGACUUAUAAGUUAUGGAGGAAUGAGAUUUGGGGAAGUGUGACCUUAAUCUUUCCCAGGGAAGACUUGGCUAGAGAAAGGUAGGUUAAAGGAAUGUUCCAAUUUGAGCAUGGCCUUUCUGAGAAGGAUAAAUUGGACUCAAAGGCACUGUGAUGGGUAAGAACAGUCAUUGAAAAUGUAAUGAAGGUUUCUCCUAGAAGGUUCUUUUUACUUUUCAGGGUUUUAUCUUUCUUUACUUUUGGAGCUAAGAACUGGUAAUCAUUACUGGAUCACUAGACUUCUGUCUUAAUACUUACUUGGGACAACUGUUGCCUUGUACAAGUUGAUUGUGUCUUUACAGAUGCACAUACCAAGACAUUUAUGAACUGGUCAUGCUUCCCCUUAUCUCCCUGGCCUGGCAGAACGUUUUUUAGCUCUUUGUUAAUCCAACUGCAUUUUCCAUACUGAGGCAAUAUGAGGAGUAAGAAUAAAAUUGUGUAUGAGUCUGUUUGACCUCCACAGUCAUGAGACUCAGUGCUCUAAGAAUGCC